GCCGGCGGCGCUGGAGCAGCCGGGUACAGCCCGACAUUGAGCUCCCAGCCGCGACACUGGGAUCCCGCCGCCGUGUGCGGGGCCAGGGAGCGGGAGUCCCGCGCGGCUCCGUCCCUUGGUCCGUACCGUGCCCCUGCGGCACAGGGGAGUGGGGGGCGCUGCCGCUCCCCUCCCCCGCUGCCGCUCUCGGUGAUUGAUCCGCUUCUCCGAGCCCGCAGAAAGAUGCUAGCCCGCUCGCUGCAGGAUGAGGCGUGACUGAAAGGACCCAUCCCCGCUGGAAGAGGGAGCGGCGCCCCGCGUCUCCACGGCCGGUAGGGGGGCCUCUCUCUGCGGGGGAUGUGCCACCGGUGCUCCCCCAUAGCUGCUGCUGUCGCCGCUCUCUGGGAGCCUCAUGCCAGCGCCGGUGAAGCGGCUCGCUCCGCCUCCGCCUGCUGCUCGGGAAAAUGAAUUGAUACCCCCCAUCCUGCUGCUGCUGCCGCUGCCGCCGGCGGGGGUGUUAGAGGGAGAGGCGGCGGCCACCGCUGCGCAUAACGCCGGCCGCAUCCCGCGCUGCACCUGACAUACCCCGAGCUCGCGCUGCCCUGGGGCUUUGCUUACCCGAGGGAUAAACGCUGCUGCAGGGUCCCUCGCCCCCGUGAGAGGCGAGCGUCUCCCCGCGCAAGGAGAGGCUGGCUGGCUGGCUGUGGGGAGGGGAUUUGCAGUCUGCUGCUACCUCCGAGGCCAUCUCCCCUGGCAGCGGGCUGGAGAUACAGGCGAAGACCGUGCUGCGAGAAGAUAUGGGAGAAACCCCUCUCGGGCUUCUUCCUUAGGACGCCUCGGCUCCUUCUCCUUCCAAAGAGGAUUGUAAUUUCUUUGGCUGCAACCCCACAUAUGCCUAUGGACUCCCGUUGUGGGAGGCGCUGACCCGCUAGGGCAGCGCUUAAGCCCUGCUAAUAGGGGCGCGGGGCCGCUUGGAUUUCUCUGAAACGCCUGGGAUAUUCAGCCGGGAAACGUGGUGACCCAGACUCGUGUCAGCAUCGCCAAGGGAACGUUGGACCAGAGGGGUAGAGAACCAAGAGCGUGGUGGAGAGGCGAGGAAAAUCCUCUGGGAAUCGUCUAUAGAGCAACUUUGGUGCAAGUCUCGAUUGGGCAUCAUGGGGGAACAACCCAUCUUCAGCACCCGAGCUCAUGUCUUCCAGAUUGACCCAAACACUAAGAAGAACUGGGUUCCUACCAGCAAGCAUGCUGUUACUGUGUCCUACUUCUAUGACAGCACAAGAAAUGUCUAUAGGAUAAUCAGUUUGGAUGGCUCAAAGGCAAUAAUUAAUAGCACUAUCACCCCCAACAUGACAUUUACUAAAACAUCCCAGAAGUUUGGCCAAUGGGCAGACAGCAGGGCGAAUACUGUCUAUGGCUUGGGAUUUUCCUCUGAACAUCAUCUUUCAAAA